AUGGCCAAACAUGCUGACGGCACAACAGUGGAACGGCUGAUCACCAACAAAGAUGAGACGGCCUAUAAGGAGGAGGACCCAUACAGGACCCAUCCAGGACCCAUCCAGGACCCAUCCAGGACCCAUUCAGGACCCAUCCAGGACCCAUCCAGGACCCAUCCAGGACCCAUACAGGACCCAUACAGGACCCAUCCAGGACCCAUACAGGACCCAUACAGGACCCAUACAGGACCCAUCCAGGACCCAUCCAGGACCCAUACAGGACCCAUACAGGACCCAUCCAGGACCCAUCCAGGACCCAUCCAGGACCCAUCCAGGACCCAUCCAGGACCCAUCCAGGACCCAUACAGGACCCAUCCAGGACCCAUACAGGACCCAUCCAGGACCCAUCCAGGACCCAUACAGGACCCAUUCAGGACCCAUCCAGGACCCAUCCAGGACCCAUCCAGGACCCAUUCAGGACCCAUCCAGGACCCAUCCAGGACCCAUACAGGACCCAUACAGGACCCAUCCAGGACCCAUACCCAUUCAGGACCCAUCCAGGACCCAUCCAGGACCCAUCCAGGACCCAUUCAGGACCCAUCCAGGACCCAUCCAGGACCCAUACAGGACCCAUCCAGGACCCAUACAGGACCCAUCCAGGACCCAUACAGGACCCAUCCAGGACCCAUACAGGACCCAUCCAGGACCCAUCCAGGACCCAUCCAGGACCCAUCCAGGAUCCAUACAGGACUCAUCCAGGACCCAUCCAGGACCCAUCCAGGACCCAUCCAGGACCCAUUCAGGACCCAUACAGGACCCAUACAGGACUCAUACAGGACCCAUACAGGACCCAUACAGGACCCAUCCAGGACCCAUCCAGGACCCAUCCAGGACCCAUCCAGGACCCAUCCAGGACCCAUACAGGACUCAUACAGGACCCAUCCAGGACCCAUACAGGACUCAUACAGGACCCAUCCAGGACCCAUUCAGGACCCAUCCAGGACCCAUCCAGGACCCAUUCAGGACCCAUCCAGGACCCAUCCAGGACCCAUACAGGACCCAGGACCCAUCCAGGACCCAUACAGGACCCAUACAGGACCCAUACAGGACCCAUACAGGACCCAUCCAGGAUCCAUCCAGGACCCAUCCAGGACCCAUACAGGACCCAUACAGGACCCAUACAGGACCCAUACAGGAUCAUUACAGGACCCAUCCAGGACCCAUACAGGACCCAUACAGGACCCAUACAGGAUCAUUACAGGACCCAUCCAGGACCCAUACAGGACUCAUACAGGACCCAUCCAGGACCCAUACAGGAUCCAUACAGGACCCAUCCAGGACCCAUACACAUCAUUAUCUGGAGACGGUUGA